UGUUAAUAUCCUAGGAAUUCAAAUUUUUAUUAAUAAUUUUAGAAUCAUUUAAGAGCUGAUCCAGAGAAAUUAAUUAAACGUUUUGAAGAAUUUGGAGAUGAUGUAAGAGAUUUACAGGAUGGGUUUUCCUCAAUGGUUUUACAACUAAGUGAGUUGAAUGAGAAGACUGAUAGGGCUAGUAACAAAACACAACUACUAAAAUUCUCUGACUUCAAAGAAACUGCUAAGGAACCACGUAAAGGGGGACGCGUGACUAAAUGGGUUGAUGUUAAAAAUAGAUGUAGAGAAUUCGCAUUCAAAGAUAUUUCUGAGAAUAAAAAUGUUAUACAAAAUCAAGUUACAAUUCUUAACGAACUUCACGAUUGUCAAAAUAUCAUAAAAUUUUAUGGAAUUACUUGUGAUGGAAAUAAAUGGUACUCUGUAAUGGAAUGGGCUGAGUAUGGAAAUUUACGCGAAUUUUAUACAACUCGUAAAAACUUAUUUGACAUUAGAUUAAAAUUGCGUAUGUCUCUUGAUAUUGCUCGGGGAUUGAGUUUUUUAAGAAGUGUAGAGAUUUUGCAUCGUGAUAUUAGAGCCGAGAAUAUAUUAGUAACACUUAAUGAUACAGCAAAACUUGCAAAUUUUCAAUUAUGUCGCACAUUGAGAGCAGCUACAUUUACAUCACCUGAGUUCAAACGAAACAAAAAUUUAGAACGGGUUCGUUAUUGCGCUCCCGAAUUAUUAUCGGAGAGGCUUCCAUAUCUCAGAUAUGAUUAUAACUGUGAAGUUUAUAGCUUUGGGAUCCUGCUUUGGGAAAUAGCUGAAGAGAAAACUCCCUAUAGAUAUUGUGUGGAUAUUCCAAGAUUGACCAGUCUUGUGAGUGAAAAAUAUCGAGAAUCAUUUUCAGAGAAUAACAUGAUACCAGAAAAAUUCAAAAAUUUAUCAAUUAAUGCUGUUAAUCACGACCCUGAAUCUAGGCCAAAUGUUACAACAAUGUUUGAAGUUCUUUGUGAUUGUUUUGAAUCUUUUGAAAGACCUCCACACACGCAUACACCUUCAAAUUCAGCUUCUAAUAGUUCACAAAACAACCAAAAUCGUACACCACCAGAACCUACUCGAAAAAAUUCACUAAUGCAAAAGAUCCGUAUGAAAAUUUCAAAGAAGUAAUCACACCUACAAAAAAUUUAAUAUAUAAUUCUUGAGUAAAAAAAUAUUUUUUUUUGAAAAUUGACAUUUAACACUUACCAAAUAAUGUGCCAACCGCUUAGAUUUUAAUGUUAUAUAUGUACCACCGAAAGUUAAAUCCACGUGACUAUGAUUUAUUGUAAAUUUUUACUUUUUGCAAAAAGUUACCAACCAUAUUUUUUUUAUUUUAUCCCUUCUUUUCUCCUUAUUAUCUUUUAUUCGUUAAUUCCUCUUCCUUUUUCUUUAUUCACUUUUAUUCACUUUCCCUCCUCUUUUAUGUAUUGUGACAAAAACAUAUACAUUUGACAAAGUAUGUAUCGAACUUAAUAAAUGACAGUUAUAACUAAGAAUUUCUUUAAAUUAUUUCCGUGGUUUCUUUUUUUUCGCCGAAAAUUAAAU